CCUAUUUCACUCGGGUUUGUUGACACGCCGCAAAAGUACUCUUCCCGAGGGGUAUUUUCUAAUUAAAGUUUAAAUCCAGUUAAUCGGAGGUCUCUGAUGUAAUCAAAGUGUUGUAAGUUCCAUAAAUUUCCAUUCGUGUCCAGGAAAAUAUCUUUGAUGGGUGAAGAAAAUGAACAUGGCUCAAAACCCUACGAUCGUCCUGCGGUGAGGUCCAAAGAAACUCUCAACGCAUCGCAGUCCUACAAGCAAACCUACCGGAAAGCCUGGGAAGAACUUCCAGAUUUCAAAGGGUGGUUAUCUGCGGAUCCUGAAGGCAACAAAUCUCGAGCUUACUGUAAAGUGUGCAAUAAGACACUUCAUGCCCAUCGAAUUAGUUUACUGAAGCACACUGUUUCCUUGAAGCAUACAAGAGCUUUCCAGUCUUAUGCAACAUCAUCCAGCAGCAUUGAGAUCUCUUACCCUGUUGAUCAUCUUCGGAAAGCGGCAGAAUCUGCUCAAAUUCUCGAAUAUCAGACGGUUAGUGAAGGAGAUUUCAACGAGUCCUCUCACAGUAAUUUGAACGAAACUCUAGAAGGGGAAUGUUCCAGUAAUCAAAACAUUACUGACACAGAUGCCAUAACAAUCCAAAUCAUGGACCCUUUGCAACAGAACCCCCUUGAAGCCCAUAAUUCACAAGAAGAAACUGCUCUGAACAGAAAUGAAAUGGCAGUAGAUGUGUCUCAGCCUCUCGCUAUCACCAACACAGUCUCUCUGCAGAAAUCCCCCAUCACAACACACGUCCUGGAUUUAUCAAGAGGCCUACCCGUCAGUAACCUAUCAGUUUCUUUGUAUCAAUUGGUCGAUGGCAGGUGGACCCAUAUCAGCGAUGAUGUAACAAAUGGUGAUGGACGUGCUAAUAGUCUCCUAUUAAAACCAAAGGAACUGAAACCUGGACGAUACAAAUUACACUUUGAUACAGAGAGGUAUUACGCGAUACGAAAUAUCAACCCUCUGUAUCCAUUCAUUGAGAUAACUUUUGAUGUCCGAUCACCACAAGGGCACUAUCAUAUUCCCCUCUUGAUGACUGGUUAUGGUUAUACAACUUACCGGGGGAGCUAGAAGAAGCCUUCUUCUCGUUAUUUUGUUUCUUUCUCAUCCUUUUCAUCAUCAAGAUAAUUUAAACUAAUACUGUUGAGCGAUCCAACUAGCUGAAAAAACUGAGUUUUCCACUUUCAGCUUAUAGUAAAUAAUGUACGCCUGUGUGUAAUGUAAUUUUAAGAAAAUCUGUGAGUGCGCAUUCAGAAAUUCAAAAGGACGUUUCAUGCAGUGUUGCCCUCUUUAGUCUCGCAAGUAAUCAUUUUCUUGCACUCAUCUAACAUUUAAAUAAUUUAAUGGUGUUUUUUGGUUUCCCAUUUUUCUAUUUUUAUCUUUUCUAGUUAGAUUUUAAGUGAGUUGGGAGGUAACUCCUUGGAAUCUUGAGUAUUCUUUCUGAAAGUUAGGAAAUUUUAUACAUGGUUGUUUUUAAUGAAGUUUUGAAUGAAAGGUAACUGUACACAAUGUCCUCUUACUUUUCCCCUCCUCCUAUUUUUCUAUAUAAUAGUGAUGACAAACUCAUUUUUAAGUCAAUGAUCUCUAAAAUAUGUUGAAAAAAUUAUUACAUUGAUCACGUCUAGUAAUUUCUUGCCUGACAGUGCCUGGUACCUGAAACUGUAAGGCCCAUCCCUACCUACCACCACUGUAAAAAAGUACUUGGUCAGUAACUGCGGGCACUUGAUAGAGUGGUCCACAAAAGAAGUUGGGCACUUUCGCUAAUUUUCGACCCCUCCCUCCCCCAUGUCAAGUUUUUUCUCCCUCUCCUUCCCGCAUUUAAAAGGGUUCGUAAAAUAGCUCUACACCUGCCUCCCCAAGCCCCUAUUUUGUUGAAGGACCUCCAGUUGACCUUCAAUUCACUCUGCUAGUUUGUACUCCUUUACUUAUUUGAUUUUUAAGGAGACUUUUACACUUUUUCAAUUAAGUUUAAGAAUGGGGGGGUCGUUAAUCAACUCAGUGUGAAAGUAGAUGGAAUUUCAACCGUGUCAAAAGCUGAAUUUCUUUGUAAUGAUCUCCCGUUGACUUGUUCUACAAAGACAAUCAAUGGCUCUGAUUGGUGCUGGCACAGGAACUCAGAGCAGAAGCCUGUAAUUUCUGAAAGGAAGUAAAAAGAAGAUCAACAAAAAAUGUAUCUGUUUUCCAUUGGUUCACUCAUUCAAUGUCUUUUCCUCCUUUAUGAACAGGCUUGAAAAGAAGCACUGUCCACAGGGAAAUCAAAUUCUUUAUAAAGAAAAAGGAGCUCAAAUAGGAAGUGCCAGUUGAAAAAGUAAUCAAUCACCUAUAUUUUUGCUGUGCAAGGAGUGAUCCCAAAUGAUGAUCCACCGUAUUAGACUAGUUUUUUCCAUUCUUAAUUUAAGUUUCCUUUCUGUGAACCGUGACUUGUCAGAAUCGCUGUUUUGGUCAGAGAAAUUCAUCAGGGGAAAUAAAAUAACCUAGAUCAUGUACUUCUCAAACUUUGUUUAUUCUAUUCCUCUCUUCAAACUUCAAAUAAAGCAAAAUACUGCUCUAA